CACAUGGAACGUCUUCCUCUGGAUAAGGACGAGAGAGCCGUACGCAUUACCCGUGUUUGCCAAAAUGUGUUUCAUGUACCAGAAACUACUGCUCAUGGCUCAUAUUGCCCUAGAAAAGGGUGCGUGUAUCGUUUUGAUAAGAAUGGUUUGAUGAGAAAUAAAAGUGACUAUGGUGGUGGUACGAAGCAACAGUCAGGAACCGUUUCAUUGAGAAGGAUGGAAGAAUGA